GUGAAAAUCGGCCACUUUCUUCUUCCUGUUUGCCCAAAAAUCUCUUCCACAGUAAUUUAAUUCUUAUUUUUACCUCAACUCCCCAUGCUCGCCUCAUCCACUCGGCGGAUGAAAGACCGCAACGGAGGAGACGACGGAGUCGCCUCCGCCGUCAAAGUCGCCGCUCGUCGACCUUCCAAAUCUCUAACCCCUGCUUCAAGUUCCGACAAAAUCCCUAGCGCCGCAGCUCUCCGUAAAUUGUCUGCUGAGAAAGAGAAUCGGAGAUCCACGUCACGUGGAGCUGCUACGGCCGCGACUCAGAGACCUGCUGUUCGAUCCCUGCCCCGCGUUGACAAGGCAUCGCUGGCGGGGGUAGGAAGCGGACUUGAGAGCCGUGACCGGAAGUCCACGUCGUCUGUCCCUCGAGGUAGGAGCUCUAGCCCUUCUAAUUUUACUAGGGUGUUAUCGGAUACCCGAAAAGAUAGGUGUUCCGUGGAUCGGGUUGUUAAGGGGCCUGUCGCAGAACCUGAUCGCUCUGCUUUCAGUGGGAGCAGGGGCCUGAAAGUUGCUAAUCAGGCAAAAGGAUAUCGAGAUUCGAGCAUCAAAGGAAGCGCGCAGGUUGGCAGUAAAGCAAAAUUUCGAGGGGAUACUGACGAAAGUGCAGCAAAGAGUUUGCAUUCAGAGAUUAAGAGUAGAAAUGGCGGAGUAAUAGAAAGCAAAGCCGGGGGAAGUGAAAAUAAUAAAUCUUUCGCGAAAUCAAGUGUAAUUAAAGAUAGUGGAGAUCUGCAGAUUUAUGGUGAGGAGGUUAAUUCUGAAUCUGAGUCAAAAAAGCAGACCGAUAUCGGUGCUGGUGGGCACCGAGGGCAAUGUUCUACUGGUUUGGAAAAGACUUGCAAUGAUAUAAAUUCAUGUUUUAUUGAAGUUGGUGGAAAAUCGGCUAGUAAAGCCAAGGUUUUGGAAAUUCCAAAACAGAAGGAAUCGGAAAAUGAAUGUGCCAGUGGUGGAGUUACUUGUAAAUAUCCUAGCAGGCUUCAUGAGAAGCUUGCUUUUCUAGAAGGAAAGGUCAAGAGAAUAGCGUCAGAUAUUAGGAGGACCAAGGAGAUGCUGGAUUUGAAUAACCCUGAUCAAUCAAAGAUCAUACUUUCAGAUAUCCAAGACAAAAUCUCAGGUAUUGAGAAAGCAAUAGAUCACGUAGCUGGUGAUUCAAAUGCUAAAAUAGGGUUCUUGGAAAGCAAUGUAAAUGAUGAUAAGGAACCUAAUGUGGUUUUUGAUAGCCAAAAUAAGCAAGUUGACAAGGGUAAACGCGGGGUCAAAGAAUUAAACAGCGAGGAAUUGGAAGCUAGAUUAUUUCCCCAUCGCAGGUUACUUCAGAAUCGAACAUCGAAUAAAGCAUCGUCGGAAAACUGCUUAAGCAAUGAAUCCAUGAAAAAGCAACAUUAUAUUUCAGCAAUGGUCGAAGGAAAAGUGCUAAGCCCUAUUGAAGAGAGCAAGAUAGCACAAGAGUUCUUGGCUAACCUUAAUAAAGGGGCAACUAACGUCAAAUCAACAGAUGGAAAAGCUGAUAUGAAGUAUUGUGGAGUUAAAGAAACAGGCACGGAUGACUCUGCUAAAACAAAAGACUCUUCCUCCACCUUCAAUCAAAAGUGUGAUGUUGAGCUCCUUCUUACAACUGAUGAGAAGCUUGAAGAGUUUGAUGAUCAGGAGAGCAGGCAAGGGCUAUAUAUUGAUGAAGAGACAGAAGAUGAUUUCAUUUAUUCACUGAAUGGUAUAGGAAAUAAAACGGCCGUGGGAGGCUGGUUUGUGUCUGAAGGGGAGGCUGUCCUCAUUGCUCAUGAUGAUGGUUCGUGUUCAUAUUAUGACAUUGCGAAUCGUGAGGAGAAGGCUUUAUAUAUGCCACCAUCUGGAGUUUCACCUAAUAUGUGGAGAGAUUGUUGGAUAAUUCGAGCUCCUGGUUCUGAUGGUUGCUCAGGAAGGUUUGUCAUAGCUGCAUCUGCUGGCAAUACUAUGGAUUCGGGAUUUUGCUCUUGGGAUUUUUACACCAAGGAUCUCCGCGCUUUCCAACUAGAGUUUGGAACAGCUACCUCAAGGACUGCACUUCGACCCUUGGCCAAUAACGUUGUGCAGAGAAGAAAUUCUGGAUCUGGCAACUUGGCUACUGAAGCUAGGCAAUGGUGGUAUAAACCUUGUGGACCUCUGAUUAUCUCCACUGCAAGCUCUCAGAGAGCUGUAAAAGUUUUCGAUAUUCGUGAUGGAGAACAAAUCAUGAAAUGGGAGGUUCAGAAGCCCGUUCUUACAAUGGAAUAUUCCAGCCCUUUGCAAUGGAGAAACAGAGGAAAAGUUGUGUUAGCCGAAACAGAAACGAUUUCUUUGUGGGAUGUGAACUCACUUAGUCCUCAAGCCUUGCUGUCUAUUCCUUCAUCUGGGCCAAAAAUUUCUGCUCUUCAUGUGAGCAAUACAGAUGCAGAGCUGGGUGGAGGGGUUCGGCAAAGGGUGAGCUCAUCAGAAGCUGAAGGAAAUGAUGGUGUGUUCUGCACUUCAGACGCUAUUAAUGUCCUGGACUUCCGCCAGCCAUCUGGUGUGGGUCUCCGGAUAUCAAAACAUGGGGUGAAUGUUCAGUCAAUUUUCUCACGAGGAGACUCCGUCUUUCUCGGUUGCUCAACUUCAAGUUCCAUUGGCAAGAAGCAGUCCUCGUCGAUGGUGCAACAAUUCUCAUUGCGCAAACAAGGGCUCUUCAGCAGCUAUGCUCUGCCAGAAUCCAAUGCACAUUCCCACCACUCUGCAGUUACACAGGUUUGGGGAAACUCUAACUUCGUUAUGGGCGUCUGUGGGCUUGGAUUGUUUGUGUUUGAUGCACUGAAAGAUGAUCCCGUGCGAGCUUUCAAUAUGGAUUCCACAAACACUCAGAGGGUCAACCAAGUCAUUGGCCCAGAUAACUUGUAUUGGCCUUCCUUUGAUUAUUUGGGCUCUCGUGCUCUCCUCAUAUCAAGAGAUCGACCAGCUAUGUGGAAGCAGCUCUCGUAGUUUUGGUGCAUUUCUCAUGUUACAAAGAGAAAUCUACUUGGGGAUUCAGAAAGCAUUUGCUUUUGCUGCUUCCCUUUCCCCCCUAAUAAGUCAAGUGAAGUUAAAUUCCCUACUAUACUGUUUAGAGUUGCUAAAUUUAGGUUUUGGAUUGGAGGGGAUGCUGUAAAAUAUAUGGAUGUUUUUUGUGCAAGCUUUGAAAGACUAGACCUAGUGUUUAUGUGUUUUUUGAAUUCACGAGCGCCCUGAAAUUCUUUGUUAA